AAAAAAUAUUGCUGAUAGAGUUUGUAUCUCACUUUCCCAAACCAACGCUUCUCUUCUCUUUCUGAAAACAAGAGUCUUGCGGCUGAAGAAGUGAAAAACCCUUCAUCGGAGCCGGAGCUCUCCUAUUGACUGGCGAGCGAAAGAAUUACUUUGAGAGUUAAUGGCAUCCAAGCUCCAGCAAUUGCAAGCCAAGGCUUGCCAGGCCACCCAAUUUGUGUCCAAGCAUGGAACUGCCUACUACAAGCAGUUAUUGGACCAGAAUAAGCAAUAUGUUAAAGAGCCAGCAACUGUGGAGACAUGUAAUGAGUUAGCCAAGCAGCUGUUUUACACUCGUCUUGCCAGCAUUCCUGGUCGUACCGAGUCGUUCUGGAAGGAACUUGAUUAUGUCAAGAAUAUGUGGAAGCACAGGCAGGAAUUGAAGGUUGAGGAUGCUGGAAUUGCUGCUCUGUUUGGUCUUGAAUGCUUUGCAUGGUUUUGUGCUGGUGAGAUUGUUGGAAGGGGGUUCACAUUUACUGGUUACUACCCCUGAAACAAAGUGGAUAGUAGUUGUGGACCAAUUGAUUCACAUAGUCAUGAUCAGGGAGAAUCUCAUCAGCGUCCUUCAUGCAAGAUUUUGUUUUCCUGCAGAGUUUUCGAAGCUGAGAAAUCAGUAUUAAAAUCUUAACGCUGCAAUAAAUUAUAAUAUUCGAUAUCUGGAUUCCCGCUACGACUGAGUGGUUUGAAACAUUAUUGUAUUUUCAUUCUUCUAAGAUGAUACUGAUACAGCAAGGAAUGUUGCUCAAAGAAAAGACUUGAUGCUGGCUCCCUGAUUACCCAGUAGAUCUUUAUUCUCCUAAUAAUGUUCUCCACAGAUUUGUGUGAAUAUGGAUCAUACCCCUGAUGCCAUUACUCUACUAUAGCUUAUUUGUGAUCGUUACUAGUUCUAUCACUUUACACAGCUUACCUUUCUAAUUGUUUCUU